CAACAUUGUAUUGAAUAUGCUGUUCGACGAAGUGCUCGACCAAGUCGGGGAGUUCAAGAAAUAUCAAAUAAGAUGUUUUUUGUUAUCUCAGUAUAUGGUUUUGAUGCUGGGAUUCGGUGUGACUAUGCUGCCAGUAUUCAUAUUGGCAACACCAAAACAUCGAUGUGCCAUUCCCGGCAUAAAUGACACGUGGGCGAUUCAAGAUGACGACCAUGAGCUGCUCCUUAACCAGACGAUCCCGCCAGGAUCGCAGUGCACCUUCUUCGACUUCCAAGACAAUGGUACUGAGAAGCCGUGUGCUCUUUGGGUGUACGAUAACGAAAUCUUCAGACCGUCAGCAGUUGAGGAGUUCAAUACUGUGUGCGACCGGAAAAUAUAUCGUGCUGUUACGAACAUGGUAUAUUUCAUGGGACUACUUUGCGGAGGCCUUGUUGGGGGACAACUGUCAGACCGAUUUGGCCGGAGGGUGGUGAUAUACGUCGCUGUUUUCCCAUUCGUUAUAGCGUCGAACGGGAUGGCGUUUUCCCCCAAUAUCUUCGUCCUCAUGGCAUGUAGAUUUGUCCAGUCAACGUGCUGUAUGAGCUACUUUGCAGCCGCGCUCGUUUUGUUAAUGGAACUUACUGGUCGUAAACGCCGCUCAAUGAUCGCCCCUAUGACGGAUGCGGUCUUUGUCUGUGGAUAUGUCCUGAUGACCCUCCCAGCCUAUUACAUACGAAACUGGAGAUAUCUCACCUUAACUGUCGGGGUCUUUCAGUUACCUCUCGUGGGCCUUGGGUGGUUCAUACCCGAAUCACCUCGUUGGCUGAUGACGAUGAACCGCAAGGAAGAGGCGGAGAAAAUAAUCCAAAGGGCGGCACACGUAAAUGGCAGGAAAAUACCAAAGAACAUCCUUGACAGUGUUGAUGCGCAUGUUUCAAAGGAAGAGGGGAACUUCCUGCAACUGUUAAAGUACAGAGCGACCGGUGUGCGUUUGAUUGUUUUUGGUGUAAAUUGGGCUGCAGCUUCCACGGUCUAUUAUGGUCUUAGUUUAAAUGCCGGCAACCUGUCUGGCAACAUCUUCGUAAACGUUGCCCUUUUGGCUGCAAUAGACCUUCCAGCAGCUAUGUUCAUCCUGUUUGCUCCAAUGAAGUUCGGGCGAAAGCGAACACAUGCUUUCUCUUUUCUCCUGGGCGGAACUGCUUGCCUGGCAACCAUAUUGGUGGUAGUCUUUGGAAGGGAAGUUACCUGGGCUUACCAAUUCCUCUCAAUCAUCGGGAAGUUUGGCGCAGCCGCCGGUUUUGCCUCAGUCUACCUCUUCACGAUGGAGCUCCACCCAACUGCUUUACGAAGUCAGUCCUUAGGAUUCUGCUCAAUGUGUGCAAGGAUAGCAAGCUUGUGCGCUCCCUUCAUUUCUGACCUGGGCACUUACAUGCCAGGACGAUUCUCUGAAGCAAUGCCAUUGAUCGUGUUUGGCCUUCUCAGCGUGAUUGCCGGAUUAACCAGUUUUUUUCUACCAGAGACUCAUAACAGGCCAUUGCCAGCAUCAAUAGAAGAGGCUAGGAAUUUCGGCAGAAGGAGCAAGCAUCCAACAUCAAACAAAAGAGACACAGGAGAUAAGAACAACAUGGUUGAGCUCUAGCAAGACUGAAUGACACCAUGUCAUGCAUCUAUGCUCACUCAGUUCCUCACCAUGGACACAGGCUCACUCAGUUUCUUGCAACAUGGACAUAUGCUCCAAUGGACCUUGUCCACAUAGUUCCUUCAGCAUGAUGUGUUACAAAGUGUAUAACAAUGGACCUUGUGCCAUGCACCCAUCCUAUGCUCACUCAGUUCCUUGAGCAUGAUAUGUUACAAAGUAUUGGAUAAACUGUUUGAGAAUUAGAACUGCUCAAUAAACCACUCAAUGUAUGAAGCAAGGACUAAAGUUGGCAAUUCUUUAUAACGUUCUGGUACCUUUAAUUUGCAAUAUCUACAAAAUAUAUACAUUAUACAAAGACAAUUGCUUCAACUGCAUCUAUUUGCCUGC